CAGUACUGACUUCAGUGAAUUACGGAACGUAGCCUACUAUCAGUAAUAGUAAUAUUUUUAUCGAAGUAGUAGUUUGUAAAAGCGAGGAGUUUAUCCUGUAGACAUGAAUGUUUUUAAUUUAUUGCCUGUAUUUUCACGAUUAUCUACACAUAUUAUACCCGGCAUUCGAAAUAUAUCGGCAUGCACUAAUCCUUUAUAUUUCAGAAUCAGUAAUGUGCUCAUGGGAGAACCAUUGAAAAAAAAGAAAAGAUUAGAUCCCGCGAUUAUUAGGGCACGAGAGGAAAGAAGGAAAAAGAAGAUAGAAAAGCAAAUUCGUAGGUUAGAGAAGGUCGCUAAACAACUGAAACCAAUUGCUGAGAUAGAAGUACCAUUUAAGUUAAUAGAUGAAAGAGCACAAAGAUUGCGACAGCUUCCACCACUAUCAGAAGAGGAAACAGAAUCCAGAAUCUUAUUGCAGAAGGAGUGGACUAGAUACAAAACUCGACAGCAUUUAGCUGAUGUUCAGGCAAUAGAUUCUAUAUUAUAUUCGCAACAGAGAGCACUUGACGAACUUAAAGCAGAAUCAGAAGAAUUAUAUCAAGAAGCGAUACAAGUAGAUUUAGGACUUUUGCCAUAUAUAGCCAAAGGUCCGUUAAAAACGCCAGCAAUAGAAAAUUAUGAGAGUCCGGAUGGAGAAUACAUAAACAUGACUCGGAAAUAUGAUGGAGAGGAAUGAUUUGUUGCUGUAUGGAGAACAAAUUAAACUUUGAAAAUUUGUAUGUAAAUAAAGCAUAUAUUUUCAGAUCA